AACAUGCCGCUGACUCUGGUCUUAUUCAUCCCAGCAACUCGGAAACCCUCCCUGGGUCUCUCUGCAGAGCCUUACUGACCACGAACAGAGGCCGGCUACAGGGAGGGCUCCUCUCCUUUAAAGCGAAACACAUGACUGGAGAGCGCCGAGCCCAGUCCCGGAGCGCAGGGAGGGCGGGCCAGCCCCGGGCCCCCAGCCCGCCAGCCCGGAUGGGUGGGUGAGUCCUUGCAUAAUUAGCCAGGGAAAUGCAGCCUCAGUCCGCUUCCGGCUGCAGCUCCGCAGGCACCUCUGGCUCUCCCAGAUCUUCCGAAGGUGGCCUGGCGCUUCGUUCUUGCGGAUCACAGCGUAGACCGCCGGGGGAGGGGGAGGGGCGCCGGCAAGACCCCGUGCGGCCCCAGCCAACCGCCCGAAGAGGCCGAGGGCGGCCGCUCUUCCCGCUCGGAGUGCGCCGUCCAAGAUGCUGGGGAUCAUCACCAUCACAGUUGGACAGAGAGAGUCUGAAGAUGUGACUGAAAGGGACUCAGACAAAGACAUGGCUGCUAACUCAGCGGCGGUUCAAGACAUCACGAAGGAGGGGCAGGAGGAAAUGCCUGAGAUGACGGAACAGAUCCCUGCCUCAGAAAGCAGUGUAGACGAGCUGAUGCAACCCGCUGAGCCCCAGGCUAACGACGUAGGAUUUAAGAAGGUGUUUAAGUUUGUCGGCUUCAAAUUCACUGUGAGAAAGGAUAAGACAGAGAAGUCUGACACUGUGCAGCUUCUCACCGUCAGAAAGGAUGAAGGCGGAGGGCCAGGGGGGUCCGACGAGGCUGGUGACCGCCUGGAGCCCAGCCGGGAGAUGGGGGACGCGACACCCACAGACACUGAACUCAAACAGUCCACAGAGAAGCCCGAAGAGACGCCCAGACACGAGCUGAGCCGCCCAGAAGUCUCCCUUCAGGUGGAGUCUGGUCCACCAGCCGAGGAAGGCAAAGAUGAAGGAGAAGAAAAACAAGAGAAAGAACCCGCCAGAUCUCCAGAUUCCCCGACUAGUCCAGUGGCCAGCGAAACCGCAUCGCCCUUCAAAAAAUUCUUCACUCAAGGUUGGGCCGGCUGGCGAAAAAAGACCAGUUUCAGGAAGCCUCGGGAGGAUGAGCUGGAGGCUUUGGAGAAGAAAAAGGAACAAGAGGCAGAAAAGGCAGACACAGAAGAAAACGAGAAGACGGAAGAUCUCUCCGAGCAGCCGUCCUCACAGGAGGCCCGCGAGAGCACCCAGGAUGCCAGGCUGUCGGCCGAGUAUGAAAAGGUGGAGCUGCCCCCCGAAGACCAAGGGCAAGCACCUCCCGAAGAGAAACCCGCCCCAUUAGCAACAGAAGUGUUCGAUGAAAAAGUAGAGAUUGUCGCGGAGGUCCACGUCAGCACUGCAGAGAAGGGCACGGAGGCGCAGAAAGCCGAGGUAGAAGAGGCAGUAGAGCCCUCGCCACUUGAGCGAUCGCUUGAAACGGACGCCGACCUUCCGGACGCCGAGCCCCCGGAGGCGCUGCUGAAGAUGCAGGAAGAGGCGGGCGCCCCCAGCGGGGACCACGCCCAGCCGGCCGAGCUCUGCGCAGCCGCGAAAGCGCCUCCCACGCCCCCUGAGGGCGUCGCGGGGGAGGUGGAAGUGCCGUCCUCGCAGGAGAGAACUAAGGUGCAGGGAAGCCCUUUAAAGAAACUGUUCACUAGCAGCGGCUUAAAAAAGCUCUCUGGAAAGAAACAGAAAGGGAAAAGAGGAGGAGAUGAGGAGUCCGGGGAGCAGCAUCCAGCCUCAGCGGAUUCUCCCGACAGCCCAGACGAACCCAAGGGUGAGAGCUCGGCCUCGUCCCCCGAAGAGCCCGAGGAGAUCACGUGCCUGGAGAAAGGCGUGGCCGAGGCCCCCCAGGACGGGGAGACGGAGGAAGGGACCACUUCCGAUGGAGAGAAGAAGAGGGAAGGUGUUACCCCCUGGGCAUCCUUCAAAAAGAUGGUGACACCCAAGAAACGCGUGAGAAGGCUCUCUGAAAGUGACAAGGAGGACGAAGUGGAAAAGGUUAAGAGCGCCACUCUGUCCUCCACGGAGAGCACCACCUCUGAAAUGCAGGAGGAGGGGAAAGGAAACGGAGAGGAGCAGAAGCCGGAAGAGCCAAAGCGCAAGGUUGACACCUCCGUGUCCUGGGAAGCUCUGAUUUGUGUGGGGUCAUCCAAGAAAAGAGCAAGGAAAGCAUCCUCUUCUGACGACGAAGGGGGACCAAAACCCCCAGGAGCAGACAGCCAAAAACCAGAGGAAGCAGGGAGAGACAGGGAGUUGGGCCCAGACGCGCCCCCUGCCGGCUCCCAAGACCGCGACCAACCCCCAGGAAGUUCCUCACCCGAGCAGGCCGGCAGCCCCUCCGAAGGGGAGGGGGUCUCCACCUGGGAGUCAUUUAAAAGAUUAGUCACCUCAAGAAAAAAACCGAAGUCAAAACUGGAAGAGAAAAAUGAAGACUUGGUAGCUGGGUCCAGCCUAGAAUAUUCAGCCUCAGAUGCUGAGCUGGGGAAAGAAGAGUCUUGGGUUUCAAUCAGGAAGUUUAUUCCUGGGCGAAGGAAGAAAAGGCUGGAUGGGAAACAAGAACAAGCGGCGAUGGAAGAUACGGGGCCGACGGAGGUCAACGAGGACGAUUCGGACGUCCCAGCCGUGGUGCCUCUGUCCGAGUACGAUGCGGUGGAAAGGGAGAAAACAGAAGCACAGCAGGCUCCGAAGAGCGAGGAGGGCCCCGAGCAGAAGGUGGCUGUCGACGUGUCGGAGGAGCUCAGUAAGAGUCUGGUUCACACCGUGACUGUGGCUGUCAUGGACGGGACAAGGGCCGUUACUAGCAUUGAAGAAAGGGCACCUUCCUGGAUCUCUGCUUCGGUGACAGAACCUCUUGAACAAGCAGAAGACGAAGACAAGCCACCAUCUGGGGAGGUGUUUGAAAAAGAAGUCGUUGCAGAGGAAACCCCCGUCGAUACCAAAACGCUGCCAGAGAGCCAGGAGGCCGCUGAUGACACAGUCGCCAGCAAGGUGGAAUUGACCCCUGAAGCUCUGACGGCCACAGAAACCACAGAGGCGUUCUGUGCUGAAGAAGCCACAGAAGCCUCUGGUGCUGAAGAGACCACCGACAUGGUUUCGGCUGUUUCCCAGUUAACCGACUUUCCAGAUACCACCGAGGAAGCAACACCGGUUCAGGAGGUGGAGGGCAGCAUGCCCGACAUGGAAGCCCAGGCGAAGAGGACCCGAGAGGUGCUGCAGGCCGUUGCAGAAAAAGUUAAACAGGAAUCACAGCUGCCUGACGCCAGAGGGCUAGACGACACCAUCCAGACAACCCAGAAAGGACAAGCGAAAAUACUGGAGCAGGUGGAGGAAGCAGAAGAGGAUUCUCACGCACUCGGUCAGAAGGAAGCAAUGGAUGGAGCACCCAGAGUACGUGUACAAGAAACGAAAACUGAGACUUUGACACAGGGGACGGCGAUGGUACAGGCCACCCCGGAAAGCUUGGAAGAAAUUCCUCCAGGCACAGAGAGUGCAGAGGCCAGGGAGCUUACAAGCACUUGUCCAGCUGAAACCGUGGCUGCAGUAAAACCAGAGACUGUCCCAGAACAGGCUGUUGCUCCUGACUCAGCUGAAACCCUCACAGACAGUGAGACCAAUGGAAGCACCCCAGUAGCAGAUUUUGAAGCUACAAAUGUAAGCCAGCAGACCAUGAUCAUGGAAAUCGAUGAAGACGGUGAGGUUCCAUCCGGUACCCAAUACCAGGUCACAGAAAGUGAGGCACUUCCUGAACUGAAAGAGAUGCCUCCAGAACCUUCCAAUUUUCAAUCCCAAGAAGAAAAGCGUUCAAAAAUGGAAGAGGUUCUAGAACAUACAGAUAAAGAGGUAACAGUGGAAACUGUACCCAUCCUUUCAAAGACUGAGGUGAUUCAAGAGGCUAGCCGAUGUGCUGAUGAGGAAGCCAAAGAGGAACCAUCUGUCGAAGGACUUGUGGUGUCCGCUGACACAGAAACAACCGAGAAAAAGAUAACUGAAGUUGCCCUUGAGGAUGAAGUUACGAAAAAAGCUGAGUUUCAAAAGAAUGAUGAUCUCGAACUCCAGAGACCUGCUAAGUCUCUUCCAACCCCAGUGGAGAGAGAGAGGGUAGUUCAAGUGGAAAGGGACAAAACGGAAUUAGAGCCAACUCAAGUAAAUGAAGAGAAACUUGAGUGCAAACCAGCUGUUACCACAUGUGAAGAGCUCAGUAAGCAACUGGUUCAGGCAGUGAAUGUAACCGUCAUAGACGGGGAAAAGGAAGUCAUCAGUUUUGAAGGAAGUUCUCUGCCCAUUCACGAGGAAGAGGCAUGCACAGAAAUUCAAGUUCAGAGCUCUGAGGCACCAUUAGCUCUAACAGCUGCAGCAGUGGGGGAGAAGGUCUUAGGAGAAGCUAUCAAGAUUUUAGAAACAGCGGAAACUUUGGAAUCUGCAGAGGCACGUUUAGUACCGGAAGAAAAGUCCUCAGAAAAAGACGAAGGCUCUCCUGCUCAGCCAGGGGAAGACGCGGUGCCCACAGGGACUGAGUCUCAGGCCAAAUCAAUCCCGGUAAUAGUAUCUGUUACGCCUGAAAAAGGCAUCAGCGCAGACCUGGAAGGAGAUAAAACCACAUCACAGAAAUGGGAGUCAGAUGGAGACGGUGAGCAGGCUGGUUGUCAGGAAGGCGGAGUAAGCAAAACAAGAGAGGAAGAUUUAAAGGCUGAAGAUGAGAUUUUGAAACUUGAGACAGAGAGCUGCAAGCUUGUACAAAACGUAAUUCAGACAGUUGUUGACCAGUUGGGGAGUACAGAAGAAAUGGCCUCUGCUUUCCAGACCCAGGCUCAACUGACGGAAGCCGACAGCCAGGAAGCUGGGCAGAAAAUCGAGAAAGAAGAAAGCAAACUUCAGCCCUGCACGUUGGAUGAAACACAAACCAUCGAAGCCAAAGAGGAGUCCCCGCUAAGUGCCGGGGAACACACACAUCCAGAUGUUUCCGGAGAUGUGAAUGAAGCUUUAGAGAAGAUGGCGGCCACUAGGGUAGAAAGUUCCCCGGUAGAUGGCCAGCAGCUUGAAGAGGUAGCUUCCCCAUCCAAGGAGAAGAGAGAAGCCCCUGAAACAAAGUCUGUGCCAGAAGACGACGGUGGUGCCGGGUUUGGAGAAAGAACAGAGAAGUCACCGUUUGAAUCCCGAGAAGAUGAAAAAGGUGAUGCUGCUGUUGACCCCGGGAACCAAACCUCAGCCCCGGAAGAUGCUGAGGCAUCAGGAGGCUCGACCAAAGAGUCUCCAGAUACAAUUGGACCCAAACUGAAAGAGAAGGGAGAUGGCCAGGAAGUAGAAUUUCAGGAAGAAAAAGUGCAGAGCGAGUCAGAAAAAGAGAUCAAAACACAAACACAGGAGGAGACACAGGACCAAGAGAGAGCACCGGCAAAACCCGAGCCCACAGAAUCCUAAAAUGUCACUUACAGUUGUGUAUUUGCAAGACCAGAAUGUGAAGACGAGUGGGAGAAGAAAACGAAUGCUGCUGACGAGACCAGAACUUUGGGAACGGAAGAACAGACACAUCAACUGCUCUCAUUUCUAGAGAACCCCUGACAAUCCUGAGGCUUCAUCGGGAGCUGUAGCCAGAUAACAUUUCUUCCUUUCAAGACCACCCUGAUAUUUUCCCUCGGUACCAUAUAAUGUUUCUGAUUCAAGGUCCUUAAUUCUUAGCCCGGAACUGGAGUUGGCAAUACCUAGUUCUGCUUCUCAAACUGGAGUAUCAUCCUUUAUGUAUUUAUAUGUAUGUUUUAAGUAAUUCUCCUGUAUCUAUUGUAUAUUUUUUUUCUUAAUGUUUAAGGAAAUUACAGUAUAGUGCAUUCCUUCUGUAUCACACAAUAUACGACGGGGCAUGCAACCACGGUGAAGUCUCAGGAAGCUGUCUGCCUCAGUUACAACCUUUGAAAACAGAGCUUCCUAGAAAUAACAUUCCUGAUCAGAAGCUACACUUCUUGUUUUAAAAUUCACUAAGGAUUAGGUCCUUUCAGAGUGUUUAGUAUCACUCUGAAAUUGGUCACUUUCCUAUUAUGCACAGUGCACUAAAAAUAGAAAGUGUUUUUUGGAGGGAAACAUACAGAAUGUUCCGUUGUUACUGGGAAAUUUUUCUUUCUAUCCCCCAGUGGAGGUUGGAAGGAAGUUUUCUUCAGUAGCAGAUUAAUUUAAAGUCUUCUCCGCUAAUUGUUAUACGGUUGUUACGGACAGAUGAGUGUGCUUAAUUUUGAGGCAAAGUAGUGAAAUGUUUUUCAUGUUAUCAAGAAACAAAUCGACUGGUUUUGAGGCAGAGUAGUGAAAUGUUUUUCAUGUUAUCAAGAAAAAAAUCGACUGGUUUUGAGUCUACCUUCUAUGCUGGACCACAUCCACACACAGCACGAAAUAAGUCAGGUUCUUUACAGAUGGUAUUUUGAUAGAGGCUGGAUUGUGUCUGUGCCAUACUUGUGCCCACUCUUUUAAGAACAAUGUAGCAUUGUCAUUUGGAUAAAUUGUGAUUUGACAACUGAUUUCAAUAAAACAUUUGCUUCACUUAGAUUUGUUGGAUUUAUUAGAUAAUAGGAAGCCUGGGACAUAUGUUUACUGCAUUCUAAAAGCAGAGAAGCUAGAAGUUUCUAACGUAGUCACUACACGCUGUCACCACUUUACACCAGUUGGAGUUGGGGAUCAAAGGAAGUCAAAGGCAGAGGGGGAUCCGCUGAAAUAAACCAGGAGCGUUUUAGAUUGACGGUACUGAAACAAUGCUACCAUCUGGUGGUGCCUUCCUGAAAAAGUCAGUUUUCUUUGUUAAUAUCUGUUCAUGACAAAUGUCUCUAGAAUGACAUUUUAAGAAGGCUUAGUGGUAAAAAUGCCUUACCUAACAGGUGAUCUUGGAAAAAAAUUUUUAAGUGUCAAAAUGACUUCUGAUUCACGUUAACACCUAAAGGAUUCUGUCAGACAGGUGCCACACAAAGGACAGUCCCCCAUCUACCUGAAAGUCCCACUUUUUCAUGGGUAGCACUGGCCUGGUGUGCACACUUCUUAAAUUGUACUCACACUCAGUACUCCAGUUUGAGAACUUAAAUUUCAACUGCCAAUUAAAUUAUUUUGAAGUAUAACAUUCUAGCAAAAGUAGAACAGUCUUUUAGCAGAAAGACAGUGCUGUCAAAACUGGAAAGUCGUUUCUCAUAAACCAACAAACCUGACUACGAUAAAAAAUUGGCCAUUAUUAGAAAGACCCCCUCAUGGUAAGAGCAUAUGGUAGUUGGAAAACAUUUAGUAUCUUGUAGUUGGAAAACAUUUAGUAUCUUUUUGGGAGUUUUUCACACAUAUAAUAGCCACUUACUUGUGCUUAAUUACUAAACUUUAAAAUCCCCAAAU